UGCUCAGCUCAGUUCUUAAUUGAGUUUCGCUAUGUUUUGUUCACGACAAAGUGCGCUUUUGCAAAUUUUUGUUCUACUUGCUGGCGAUCUGGUGUUGUUGCUCCUUUACAGCACUACCGCCGAUGCGUAUUCCGGUCUGAUACCGCCCGAUCCAGAUAAUCCCGGUAAAUGUGUUUAUCGCGGCGAUGAGCUCAAGCUGGGCGUAAAUUUGGGCAUUGCACCGUGUCAGCGCCUCACCUGCCAUGAGAAUGGUUCCAUACUAAUUGAAGGGUAAGUGAGUGGUAAUGGAAAAUG